GGAUCAGAAACUAAAAUGAAUUACACUAAUGGACCUCAUGUGACUGCGGAGAGAGAUCAGGGAAACAGAAUCACACAGAUUUACCAACUCGGAACUGAACCGCUGGGCUUUAGAGCUUCUGAAAUGGAAAAAGUCCAACGAAACCCUGAAAACGAGCCAGCUCCAUCCAAACAGGGACUGACACGAUGCGUACUCAGUGCAGCGUUUUUCGGCGCUCUUGGCUCCUCCUUCUUGUAUGGCUACAACCUGUCUGUGGUCAACGCCCCCUCCAAGUAUAUAAAGGCGUUUUAUAACUUGACAUGGACGACGCGCUACAUCGAGCCACCAACAGUGGACACUCUCACCUUGCUCUGGUCCAUCACUGUGUCCAUAUUUGCGGUAGGAGGCCUGAUGGGGGCGCUCACUGUCCCCUUCCUUAUUAAAAUACUGGGCAGGAAAGGCACUCUGCUGGCCAAUAACAUAUUGGCGGUUAUCUCCGCUCUAUUAAUGGCUCUGGGCGAGAAAGCAGGGUCAUUUGAGAUGCUCAUCAUUGGCCGCUUCAUUGUUGGCAUGGAUUCAGGAGUGUCUCUCAGCGCGUUGCCGAUGUAUCUGGGGGAAAUCUCACCACGACAGUACCGCGGCUCCAUCGGUCAAUUUAACGCCGUCUUCAUCUGUCUUGGAGUUUUCACCGGACAGCUGUUCGGCCUUCCCGAGAUAUUCGGCCAUGUGGACAGAUGGAACUUCCUGUUUGCCUUCAUCGCCGUUCCUGCCAUUCUGCAAUUGUGCGUUUUGCCAUUUUUUCCGGAGAGUCCACGAUUCCUUCUGAUGGAGCGCAGAGAUGAAGCUCGAGCUGAAAAAGCAUUCCAGUCAUUUUUGGGGAAGAAGGAUGUGAGUGCUGAAUUGGAGGAGGUGUAUGGCGAGACUAGAGUGCAGAACACUCAGCCGUCUGUGUCUUUCUUCCGUCUGUUCCGUAAUCCUUCCAUCCGCUGGCAGCUCAUCACUGUCAUCACUAUCAUGAGCACCUACCAGCUGUGUGGCCUCAAUGUUAUCUGGUAUUACACUAAUGGGAUAUUUGAAGGUGCAGGAUUUGACAAGAGCACAAUUCCUUACGUCACGCUCAGCACGGGAUUCAUCGAGACGCUGGCAGCCAUCGUGUCGGGUUUGGUGAUCGAGCGUGUUGGACGGAAACUGUUGCUGAUUUUCGGCUUCUCGGCGAUGGCCGUGUGUUACAGCCUCCUCACCGUCUUCUUGAACUUCCAGGACAGUUAUUCAUGGAUGCCAUAUAUGAGCUUCAUUUCCAUAUUAGCCCUGAUUGCUUCUUUUUGUUCUGGCCCAGGUGGUAUUCCCUUCGUUCUGACUGGUGAGUUGUUUGAGCAAGCGAAUCGUCCCGCCGCAUUUCUGGUCGCUGGAAUUGUGAACUGGCUGGCAAACUUUAUCGUAGGCCUCCUCUUCCCUUUCAUUCAGGAGUCUCUUCAGAACUAUGCUUUCUUGGUCUUCGUCUUCGUCUGCGUCUUUGCCGCCAUCUACAUCGUCGUCGUCCUACCAGAGACCAAGAACAAAACCUUCAUGGAAAUCAGUCAGAGUUUUGCCAAGAUCAAUAACAUCCCUCAGCUGGUAGAAGCAGAGAUGGAGGAUGUCCUGGAUGUCCAACCAGAAAAAAACAAUACACUGAGCCUGAACGCUGGAACUGUUAACGGUAAACAUUCUGUCGGGAAUCAUGUAGCUAACGGCGAAGUGCAAUCAGAGAGCUGCUUCUAAACCUGUACCCUCGCCACAGGUAACCGUUCACCUGCAUGACACGGUUAUAGUUAUAUAAAAGUGCAGAAAUAAAUUCUUUACAUAACGGUACGCUGCUGUUCAUUUUAUUUACAAAUUUGCUAACACGGGUGUGAAGUUAAUUUUAUUUACAUACCUUUUAAUGAAUUAAUUUUAGGUCAUGCUGUGGUUGUUGGUGAAACGCCAUCAAGCCAGCUAACAUUCAUAUAUACGUAGCACUUACAUGAUGAAUAGGAACUAUUCCCCCUUUUUAUUUAACAUCUCUCCAUCGCAAAUAUUGUCUCAUUGUUGCUGCUUUGUUAAAACAUUUUCCGAUGUUUACAAUAAUUAGUGCUAUAAUAUAAUAAACAUGCUAUAAUAAGUUCAAUUUUCAUAGUGUUGAAACAUUUAGUGUUUUGAAUACAUUUGUAUGGGAAAUGGGAAAAUUUGUUGUUGUAAUAUUGUUCUAAUGUUGUUCUAAUAUUGUUGUAAUACAAAGUUGCACAUGUACAGUGUAUCACAGUAUACAGUAGACUUCUGUAUAUUGUACUGUAAUAAUAAUGCUAAUAUUCACAACCCGAACGAUCCGAGGAACGGUCGACAAGCAGCAGUAUAGAGUUCUCUCUGAU